UUCAAGGACUCUCACCCCACCGUGCUGUGGACUGGACAGGAGCCAUGGAGUCCUGGGCAAGGUGCAUCUUUCUUCUUUUGCUGCAGAUCCUGACAGAGGGACGUGGAGAUGUAUUGCCCUCAGUAUGUGGCCACACCCGAGAUGCUGGGAAGAUUGUAGGUGGACAAGCUGCUCUGGAAGGACAAUGGCCUUGGCAUGUCAGCCUGUGGAUAGCUGAAGAGGGUCACAUAUGUGGGGGCUCCCUCAUCCACGAGGUGUGGGUGCUCACGGCUGCCCACUGCUUCCGAAGGUCUCUGGAUCCUAGCUUCUACUACGUGAAGGUUGGAGGACUGACACUUUCCCUUCUGGAACCCCACUCAACCUUAGUGGCCGUGAGGAACAUCUUUGUCUAUCCCACCUACCUCUGGGAAGAUGUGUCUAGUGGAGACAUUGCCCUGGUGCAGCUGGACCCUCCUCUGCAGCCUCCUCAGCUCACUCCUGUCUGCCUCCCAGCAGCCCAGGCUCCCCUCACCCCUGGGACUGUCUGCUGGGUAACAGGCUGGGGGGCCACCCAGGAACGUGACUUGGCGAGUGUCCUCCAGGAGUUAGCUGUGCCUCUCUUGGAUUCAGAGGAAUGUGAAAAGAUGUACCACAUCCGGGGGACCAGUUUGUCAGGGAAGCGAGUCAUCCAGUCAGACAUGCUCUGUGCGGGCUUUGUAAAAGGCCAGAAGGACUCCUGCCAGGGUGACUCUGGAGGACCACUCGUCUGUGUCAUCAACAGUUCUUGGAUCCAGGUCGGGAUCACCAGCUGGGGAGUUGGCUGUGCUCGACCUUACAGACCUGGUGUCUAUACUCGGGUGCCAGCCUAUGUGGACUGGAUUCAGAGGACCCUGGCAGAGAACCACUCUCAAGCCUACGAGUGCCACUCCAGAGCCUCUGGGGCAUACCAAAUACUGCUGCCAGUGUUACUGGCCUUUGCCUUGCCAGGGUCCUUGUGAACUGUGAGCUCUAGAGUUCUGGAUCCUCUUCCGCUGGGCUUGGAGACUCAGAAGUUCAAAAUAGACACUGAGAAAAUAAAUCUUCAAUGCUGUUUUUGUGUGAGACCAUGAAAGGUAGCUUGGUCCCCGGCUGAGCUAAGGCUUGAAGCCCCAGAAAUUCUGAAGGGGAGAGUAGGUGCUUCACCUGUUCCCAGGCACCAGGCCCCUGUCACUAGCCGCAGCCUCCCAUAGAUUUGUGGCCAUCGAUCACGUAAGGGCAAUGCCAUAAUCCCCUCCACAUGUAGAGGACAUGACCUGUAGGCUCAAGACAGAUCUCUGUUUUAAUGAGGAACCUAAAGGCCUGGAGGGCUUAGCCAAUAAGCUUUCCUUCCCAGACAUUCCUUCCUGCAGAAGGUGUUUAAUCUCAGGCCCACCCUGAGAAGUGGGGUACGGUUUUACUCAUCUACUUUCUGCCAAUGACAAUAAAUGUCUUAAAACCA